AUGGCGCUUCGUAGAACAUUUGGGAAGCGCCUCUUCAACGCCACCAACAGAGAAUCUUCUUCUCCAUCACUCACCAUUCUCAAUCACUCGCCUAAACCACCAAAUGCUGCCAAAGCCCAAUCCCACUCCCCAGACUCCGUCGCCGCCGGUUUCUUCCGCCGCUUCCUCCAGCGCAGAUUCAUCAACAACCACUCCUCCCCCUCCAACUUCCCCUCCUUCCUGCCCCUCCCCGUCGGUGACAAGCUCCGAGAGAAGCUGAAAUCGCUGAACAUAGUCGGAGAUAACCGCCUCCGCCUUGAUGGGCUGAGCCCACCGCUACAGACGGUGGAGGAGGAGGAUGAGUUUGGUGUAAGUGUGAAGGAUGUGAAGAGGGUGUUAAGAGCUAUUGAGUUGGAGAAAGUUAAGGAAAGGCUGAGGAAUAUUCCGGCGAGUACAAUUCCGUACGGCGAGUUCGUACGGAUCUGCCAUGACGUGUGUGGGAAUGAAGAACUGGGGCUGCAAUUUUCCAAGGCUUUGGAUGAAUCCGGAAACGUCAUCGUUUUGGGCAACAUCGUUUUCCUCAGACCUAAUCAGGUGGCAAAAUCAAUGGAGAAAAUAAUCACACAAUCAAUAACCAUGCCAAACGACCCAAGAAGGAAAGAACUGGACCAGCUGGAAAAUCAAAAGGCCUUGAUUGACCAAAAAGCCCAAUCCCUUGUUCGUGGGGAACUCUAUUGUGGGCUGGGCUUUUUGGUCCUCCAAACAUUGGGCUUUAUGAGGCUCACUUUUUGGGUUGAUUCAACCCUACACUACCUCGGGAUUUGCUUCUUUGUCACCUCUCUUCACUUUGCACUUGCCUAUGCCUUCUUUUUGAGGACAUCAAAGGAGCCCACUUUCGAAGGCUAUUUUCAGCGACGGUUCAAAGUAAAGCAAAAGAAGCUUAUGAAAAUUCACAACUUUGAUAUUGAGAAGUACCAUGAACUACGUGAAGCCUUUUAUCCUCACUACUCGAAACUAGAACACUGCAGAAACGUUGCACUAUACGGCGAUCAUGCACGAGGAGCACUUUUUAGUUGUGUGCACGGUUGA